AUGGCUGCGGAGGAGAACAUAUACAUCUACGUACCUAACAAGAUCGCACCGAUCUUCUUUGCCGUAGCAUUUGCGGCUUCAGGGACUCUACAUCUCUGGCAGAGCUAUCAUUACAAAUGCUUUAAACUCAUGAUACUCCACCUACUAUGCUGCUUGAUGUUUACUGCAGGGUUUGCGUUGCGAGAAUAUGGAGCCUUCCACCAUUCAUACAACAAACCAGACCUAUAUACCUACAUUGCCAGCACCGCGCUGAUCUAUAUGUCACCACCUCUCCUAGAGCUAGCGAACUAUCACGUCCUCGGUCGUAUCCUCUACUACGUCCCCUAUCACUCUCCAAUACAUCCCGGCCGUGUCUUGACAACAUUUGGCCUCCUCUCUAGCCUGGUCGAAGUUUUGAACGCGUUAGGAGUAUCGUACCUCGCCAACCCAGAGCUACCAGAAUCAACCAUGAAGCUCGGUCACAUUCUAAUGAAAAUCUCGCUCGUCGCCCAAAUCAUAGUCAUCGCCGUAUUCUGUCUCUUGGCCGCUACCUUCCAGCGACGCUGCUACAGAUCAGGCAGCCGUACUCGCUCCCUCUCUGCACCGCUUAUCACGCUCUACAUUAGCACAGGUCUAAUCUUUAUACGGUGCGUUUACCGCAUCAUCGAGCACUUCGGCGUAUCCAGGAUCCACGCCUCUUCGUCGGGAGAACUCGAAGGUUUCAGCCCGAUUAUGCGCCACGAGUGGUUCUUUUAUGUGUUUGAGGCUAGUCUGAUGCUCGUGAAUUCUUGCUUGUGGAACUGGCAGCAUCCCAGGAGAUACCUGCCUGCAGAAUCGAACAUCUAUCUUGCGCAGGACGGCGAGACGGAACUGAAGGGGCCUGGCUGGAAGGAUCAGCGCCCGUUCUUGGUGACGUUUUGUGAUCCAUUUGGUUGGUUUGACUCGAAUAAGACAAAGGAACGCCCGUUCUGGGAGAACAAUGGGUACACGCAUAUUAACGGUAGUACUGUAUGAUGUGUUUGUGUGGGGUGUCGGCAUUUGGACGUGGCGUUUGGGUAGGAACUGGGUUUCCUGGUGGUUGUCU